AUGGCAUCAAUUCCAAAAAAAACUUAUUCACGAAGAAAAGCUUCGAAUAUAAGUUUUUUAGAAUCGAAUAAGGAUAAUUCAGAUCCUUUUGAUAAAUUGCUCCAAUCUCCUUUAAAACAGGAUGUUAAAUUCAAACCCCUGAGCUUUUGGGAGGCAAACAUAGAGAAAAAAUGUAAAAAGCAAAGUAAAUCUAGUAAAAGUAAUGUCGAUAUAUUUUAUGACUCCGACGAAUUGAAUUUCACAAAAACGAAUAAUAGUAAAAUAUCUGGAAAUAAUAUUAUUGAAUUUUACCAAGAAACUAAUAAACUGUCUAAAAAUCGUAUGAGAAAUAAUGAAAAUCCUGUUAAUAAAAGUUUUUCAUUUGUAACAUUAAGAAAAAAAUAUUCAAAUUCAAAUAAGACUGAUAAAAGUUAUUUCAAUAAGAAACCUAAUUAUAAAUUAAAUAAUAAUAGUAAUAAGGAAAAAAUAAAUAAUAACAAUUCUAGUCAUUUUGAAAGUUUUAAUAAUAAUAAUAAUAAUAAUAAGCAAAAUAUUGUCGAUAAGAAAAACAUGAUUGAAUCCUUUUAUGUGAAAAAUUCUUUGGCUGAUGCUACUAGAGAUUGUAGUUUAAUUGGAAAAAAUAUUUGGCAAUUAUCUUGUAAUGGUUUGAAUAAUUUUGAUAAUUAUGAUACAAAAUAUAAAUUUGAUAAUAAUAUUUGCAUGUUAAAUAAUUUGGAAAUUCCAAUGUUUAAAUGUGAUGGUAUUAUAAAUGAUAAAACGUUUGUGGUAAAUGAAGGAAAAUUUCAAUCUAUAUGCACUGAUUAUUCUGAUUUUGAAGAGACAUCAACACUUAUUUGCCAAAAUGACGAUGAAAAAAGUUCACUUUCUUCAGAUAGUGGACAAGGCCUUGAAGAUUUUUCUCAAGUUUUAUCAUUAGCAACCAUGAUUUCCGAUAUAAAUAUUUCAAAUUCUGAUUUUAACGAGCCUGAAAAGAAUGUAAAUGAAAAUUAUUUAGGCACUGAAAGAAACACCAACAAUGCACCUGUCACCAUUACAGUAACAUCACCUUGUUAUUCUCCUUUUGCAAGUAGUCAAUUCACGAGCAAUUGUUCAUUUAAAAAUGUUACCACAAGAAGAAAUAAUUUCAACAAGAAAAAUAAAUGGCAAAUGAAUAAAAAUGAUGAGAACGCGGAUCCGAAUAGUUUGACGGUACAAAACAACAAAACAAGUGAAAUUUUUAUCAAUGGCGACCAAACACUUCUCGAUAGCUAUUAUUCGGUCGAUAAAGAGAUUUUCCUGUCGCCACAAUUGGAUAAAGGGGAUAAAAGGAAUAAAAAUUUCUUAGAUUCGACUCAUUUACAAUGGUCUAGUCCAGCGUUUGAAUCAACUCGAAUUUUUAUCAACAAUGAAGACGAGGGAAAUGUUUUAAAAAAACCGGAGUCAUCAUCAGAAGGCGGCGGCGAUAGUAGUUUUUUUGACAAAACUCUGGUUUCAAAAUCUAAUUUAAUUGUACCGAAUGACUCGCAUCAAAAUUUUACACUUCCAACCGAUGAAAUUGUUAAUAAUUUGACAAAAAGAAAAUCAAAAAUUUGUAAAAGUUUAUCUAAAACUGCAAGAGGUUUUCAAUGUAAGGAUGCUUCGAAUACUAUUUGUUCCCUAUCGAACACUUAUGUCAAAAGAAGAGCGACCAUAAAUCACACGAUAAAAUUUCUUACGAGUGAUGGUUUUUCCGAAACUUCAAGCGAUUUUAAAAAAGCUUACGAAUGUCAGACAAACGUUACGAAAAUCGGAGAAGGUGUUUUCGGUGAAGUUUUCAUGUACAACGAUGACACGGUCAUCAAAAUCAUACCCAUCGAAGGUGAGCAGAAAGUUAAUGGAGAACCGCAAAAAAAAUUCGAAGAGAUUUUAUCGGAAGUGACGAUCGCAUCCAAUUUGAGGCGGGGUCAAGACAAUCAAAGUUUUGGAUUUUCCAAAAUGUUAAAAUGUUGGCUCGUCAUUGGCAAAUAUCCAGAAUUUUUAAUUAAUCUUUGGAACGAUUUCGACGCGCAAGGAGAAGGAUCCGAAAACGAUUCUCCAGAAAUGUUUACAGAGGAUCAAUUGUUUAUUGUUUUAGAAUUGGAAAACGGUGGCAGGAGUUUAGAAGCGUUUACGUUUAAUUCAGCCGAACAAUCUUUUUCAAUUUUUGUGCAAACGGCGUUCAGUUUAGCCGCAGCCGAAAAUGCAUUCGAAUUCGAACAUAGGGAUUUGCAUUGGGGUAAUAUAUUGAUAUCGAAAACGUGCGAAAAAUCGACAACCCACGUGUUAAACGGAGUCAAAUACGAAAUACCUACAAAAGGCGUUAAGGUUUCAAUAAUAGAUUUUACACUGUCGAGAGUCGUUCACGAGGAUUGUUGCGUUUUCAACGAUCUUUCCCUGGAUCCGACACUGUUUCAAUCGCACGGAGAUUAUCAAUUUGAAAUUUAUAGAAUGAUGCAAAGAGAAUUAAAUGAUGAUUGGUCGCUUUUCAAACCGAAAAAUAAUAUUUAUUGGCUUCAUUACACACUCGAUAAAAUGAUCAAAAUGGUUAAAUACAAGAAGAAAACGACACAAGUUCAUAAGAAAUAUAUGAAAGAAUUAAAAACUUUAGAAUCCGUCAUUCUCGACUAUGAUAAUUGUACAGAUUUUUGUUUAUCUCGAACUUUUUUCGAAUAG